AUGAGCGGGCGCUCGUUAUGCGCCGUCCUCGGCGAUCUUGGAUUCAGCAACGGGGAGGAGGCGCCGGCGAUGCUCUCGAUCCCGAUAGCUUCGUUUCAGUACGAGGAGGUGCGCCCUGUCCUCGAUUGGAUCUGCUCCACUCUCCGGCCUUCGAAUGUCUUGUCCACCUCCGAGAUCUCGCAGUAUGAACAAUUUCUCCAAGAAGGGAAGCUAUUAGAGGGAGAGGACUUGGAUUCGGCAUUUGAUAGCAUUUCAGCCUUUUCAAGUGGGAGAGACAAUCAGGAAGCAGUUUUUGGUGCUGAAGAAAGACUUAUUGAUAUUAGAGAAGCCAAACUGGCAUACAAAGCAGAAGUUCUAGAACUGCAAAAGCAGCUCAGACGUCAGCAGUCCCAGUUUGAUUUUUUAUCUAGCCAAGUUUCAGCUUUGAUCCAAGGACGGAGGGCUCGAGUAGCAGCAACAUCUGCAGUCAAUGGACAGCUUAUAGCAUUAGAUGAGAAGCUUUCUGCUAGAAAUCUAGAGAUGAAUGCGGUUCUUGGAAAAAUUGCCUCUACCGCACUUGAGUUGGCACACUACCAUUCAGGGGAUGAAGAUGGGAUCUACUUAGCUUACUCAGAUUUCCGCUCCUACCUAGCUAAUGAUUCCGUUUGCAGCAAGGAGCUAAACCAGUGGUUUUCUAAACAGUUUGAGAAGGGGCCGCUUCGACUCGUUGCUGAGGAGGGUAAAUCCAAUUGUUCAUGGGUGAGCCUGGAUGACAUCACUAAUUGCUUGAAACGAGGAGACACGGAGAAAUCUCAUCAUCAUCAUCGUAUAGCUGAGUUGCAGCGGCUACGUUCAAUAUUUGCAACGAGUGAAAGGCAGUGGGUUGAAGCCCAAGUUGAGAAUGCUAAACAACAAGCUAUUCUCGCAACGCUGAAGUCUCAAAUCUCUUCAGAUGAAGCUCACAUACACCGUGAUAUACAUUCUCUUAGGAGAAAACAUUCUGAAUUGGCUGGAGAACUUUCAAAUCUUCAUCGGAAAGUCCAGAAGUUCUUAGCUGAGACUAUUCCAUGCCUAUGUUCAGAGCUUGCUCAACUUCAAGACACGUAUAUUUUGCAAGGGGAUUAUGAUUUGAAGGUCAUGCGCCAGGAGUACUACAUUAACCGGCAGAAAAUGUUCAUCAACCAUCUUGUUAAUCAGCUUGCGAGACACCGCUUUCUAAAAAUAGCUUGUCAACUGGAGAGAAGGACCAUGCUCGGUGCCUAUUCCUUGCUUAAAGUUAUUGAAUCAGAGUUACAAGGUUACCUUUCGACGGCGACUGGUCGUGUGGGUCAUUGUCUAGCAAUGGUUCAAGCUGAUUCUGAAGUACAAGAGCAAGGUGCAGUUGAUGACCGUGAUACUUUCCUCCAUGGUGUUCGAGAUCUCUUAAGCAUUCAUUCAAAUGCUCAAGGUUCAUUACCGACGUAUGUCUCAGCGCAUGGUUUAGUUCAACAGAUAGCAGGAUUGCAAUCUGAUUUACUAUCCCUUCAGUUAGAACUUGAAACUUCUCUUCCAGAAGACCGGAGAAGAUGUGUUAAUGAACUAUGCACUCUCAUUCAAAGUUUGGAGCAGCUUCUAUUCACAUCAUCAAAAACUGCAGAACUAACACCUAGGAAUCUAAUGCGAGCACUUGAUGAAAUGGAAAAGGUCAAUGCGCAGCUCUCUGCUUCUGUUGAAGAAGUUACAGAGGCACAUCGUCAGAAGGCUGAGAUUGUAAAGCAUCAUCCACACGAGGUUGGGCGAGAGAGGCAGGUGUUUGUUGAUUUCUUCUGUAACCCUGACCGCCUUCGGAACCAAGUCAGAGAGCUCACAGCUCGUGUGAAAGCUCUUCAAGAGUAGAAGGUCCGUGUAUGUAAUUCCUAGUGUAUUUCAUUGCUUGCUUGAAGAAAAACGGCAUUUGUAUGCAUCUCGGAAGUGGUUUUCUAGUGGAGUUGAAGUAAUCGAGAGUGUCAUUUGCUGUGUGGAAGUCCACUCUCACCUAUGUGUUGUAACUAUUUAUGGUAAUGUCACUCACGACUACAUAUAUUUUUCUGGUUCCUAAGUUUGGUCAUGUGAUAGUAAAGAAAUGAUUGUUCACAAUGCAUGAUUGUUUACAAUGAAAUGAAGGCGAUUUCACAAAU